UGAACGUGCAGAAGGGGAAGACCUUCUAUGACUUCUUCUUCAAUACCAGGCUCGUCAAAUCCACAAUUGUGCAUUUUCAGGUUUUCUUUACUGUUGUUAGCCUCACAGCCAUACCUGGCUUUAUCUGACCGAAAAGUUUUGCUGUGCUUAAUUUUGCUAUGCUAGUUUUGCAGGGUAUGUAAUUUGUAUUGUUCUUCUACACACGGACUGAAUUAAAGGCGACUUCCCUCUAUUAAGGAUUUAAAUAGGAUCUCUUUUGUAUUUUACAUGUAUAAAUUCUCAUCCAAAUUUAACCUUUGUAUAUUUUUAAGGUUAUCAUAUGGAAACCUUUUUUCUCUUGAACAUAAUAUAUUAUAUCAUUAAUUAAUCUGUUCUGGAAAUUUUAUGCUGUGCCCGGAUUUCUUUAGAAAAGGAAUUGAAUCUUCUUUUAGAGGAUUUUUCUGAUAAAGAUGUUUCAGCAGUUUUCUUAUCAUUUGCCUUACUUGAAGGCUUUUUAACCCCAGAAUUUUAUUCACGGAUCCUCUUGCUUUUCUCCCCUUCCGUUUACAGUCUGUUUGUUUAUUAAACUUUCUUUAAUAUAAUCAUAAGAGUCGAUUUUCAAGAGAAUAUCUUCAUAGAUGCCAGAAAUUCUUUUCUUCGGACAAGACGGUUUCAUUAUAAUUUAUGGGUAUGGAUGCAUAAGGCUAUGCUAUGACUUGACAUGCUUAAAAGAUCGGUGAUUUCCUAUAAAUAGAUUUUGUUCCAUGUGUAUUAAUAUGCUUAUAAACAGAUUCUGUUCCAUGUGUAAUAUGCGUACUUGCAAUAUAGAGAUGGGCACAAACAGCACCUACCCACAUCCACAUGCGACACUUUGGAUUAGACUAGCAGAGGUUUAUCGACUUCUUCCAUUUUUUUUUUCCAAAACUAACAUAAUGAUUUUGUGUUGUAUUACACCAUUAUUGUUUCUAAGUGGAACUAGCAGAGUCUUCCACUAUUAAAGUUAGCCUACCUUACCUUUAUUUAUUUUUCGUCAAGCCAAAUAUGUUAUUGGUCGAUGUGCUUCCUUGUUGGGUUGCCGGAGGAGACAACUUACAUGGUGUCUUGUAUAUGCUCUUUUUACUUUUAACAGUGCAGCUUUCUUAUCUACUACUAGAGUGACUUAAGACUAUAACACAGUAGUAAAUUUUAUACUUAUACGGUUGAAGAAUAAUCUGUACUGAAUUCUGCAGCUUGAAUAGUCUUGAAUGAUUCAAUGUUUGUUUCCCAUUAAUGUUUGCUAAUUUGUAUGUAUGAUCAAUCCCUUACACUUAUGCUAGCAUUCUUUUCUAUAAUGGAUAUCUAUUUGUGAAAUUAGUAGCUGCAGCCCUGUUUUUUUCCUGCAAUUUAAUUUAUUACUUAACCUGUUUUUGCAUUUGGGCCCUCUAUUUAUCUCUUUAUGUCAGCUUUUAAAGCAGGUGGAAAGUGAGCAGCGUGGCAGGACAUUAUAAUAUGCUGAGGAACUUGUUGUGGGCAACUUCGAAGCAUGAUGUCUACCUUAUGCAAAACUACUCUGUGAUGCACUGGUCCGCAGUAUUACGAAGGGCUAAAGAAGUGCUUAACGUAGCCAAACCAAUUGUUCCAAGUCUUAAGCGUACUGGAUUUUUAGCGCAGCCAGUCUCUAGAGUGCAAAUAAGCACCAUGACUGUUAAGGAAAAUCUGAUGGUGGCAGGUGGUUUCCAUGGUGAGCUUAUAUGCAAGAAUUUGAAGAAGCCUGGAGUUCUAUUUUGUGGUAAAAUAACUACAGAUGAUAAUGCCAUAACCAAUGCUGUGGACGUUUACCGCAAUCCAGCUGGGUCGUUGAGGGUCAUCACAGCAAAUAAUGAUUCCCAAGUUCGGGUUUUUGAAGCAGAGAAUUUUGCUUCCCUUGGUUGUUUCAACUAUGAUUGGUCUGUUAAUAAUAUUUCGGUUAGCCCGGAUGGGAAGUCGUUAGCUGUACUUGGGGAUAGUACAGAGUGCUUGAUAGCUGAUGCUAACACUGGAAAGAUUACUGGAAGCUUAAAAGGUCACUUGGACUACUCUUUUGCAUCGGCGUGGCACCCAGAUGGACGUAUAUUAGCUACUGGGAAUCAGGACACAACUUGCAGGUUGUGGGACAUAAGAAAUCUUUCACAGUCUAUGGCUGUGUUAAAGGGAAGAAUGGGUGCAAUAAGAGCCUUAAGAUUCACAUCUGAUGGACGGUUUUUGGCCAUGGCUGAGCCUGCAGACUUUGUCCAUGUUUAUGACUCUCAUUCUGGUUAUGUAGAAGGUCAAGAGAUAGAUCUAUUUGGUGAGAUUGCUGGUAUAUCCUUUAGCCCAGACACAGAGGCUCUAUUUGUGGGCAUUGCUGACAGAACCUAUGGUAGCUUGUUAGAGUUCGUCAGAAAGCGUUACAAUUAUUACCUAGACUCCAUUUUUUAAUGGAGUGCUGUGCCUCAACGCACGUACAGCGAUCUACUUCGUGUGCAUAUACACCACAGAAUUUCUAAAAUAGGUUUAUUUUCCCACGGUUUUCUUUUUCUUUUGAAUUUAGUGGAGAGGCAAGAUGUAAAUUUUGGCUACAGGAAACUAUUUUUGUGAUUUUUUUUUACUGUUCAAGCAGCUCAUUAUAUUA